ACUAUCUCUAUAUUAAUGUUGGGGAGUGUUGCUAAGAUGACAAUUAGUUAACAUCUUGACAUUAGUUAGAAUAGUAUUUUCUUCCUCUAUAUUAAUGUUGGGGAGUGUUGCUAAGAUGACAAUUAGUUAACAUCUUGAUAUUAAUUAUGGUAGGAUUCAUCUCCUUUAAUAAUAUUCUUCCUUGAAUAUUAAUUAAUUCCUAUUCAUAUUUCAUAUUAAUAUUUUGAACAUUACUUAAAGAAUCAACUAGUUUGGUUUCAUAUAUUAAUUAUUACUAGAAACGAUCGACGAACCGAUGGUUAAUCGUUGAUGGUUUCACAAGUAAGUAACUUCGGUUUAUUAAUGCACGGUCGUGGUUGAUAAACUUAAGAGGGAUUAAUUUUGUUGGUUAAACCGAAACCGUUGUGUUGAGGUUAUCAAUCUCAAUUGAUUUCAUCAAGGAGUUAAGAGAUUAAAUGUUACUAUCAAGUCGGUAUAUGGCGGUGUUCUAUACUUGACUAAUAGUAAGAGUUAUUAAUGAAUGGUCGUUGUUAAUAACUACCCUCGAUGAAUUGGAUAUACUCCUCGAUUGAGUAUUCGAGAGGGAAUAAGUUAUAGAUAUAACGAUGAUCGACUAAAAUAUAUCAACAAGUGGAAAGUAGCAAUGCCAAGUUCUUUUAUCUUUGAAUUAAAACACAUAUAGGUUGUUCAUCUCAGUUUUUAAAUUAAAUCAUUCAAUCCCAAAACCCCCCUUUUAUUUACUAGUUUCAUAAAAAGACAAUUAUUCCUUUCCCUGUGGAUAUGAACUCUACUUCACCUAUACUACGUAUUAGUGCUAGUAUUGAAUUUAUUUUGACGCACCGUGACAAAAUGCUCGUCAGUCAUCACCCAACUUGAAAGGAGGCUCGCUCAGAUGGAAGCAAAGCAAAUGGACGAGGCACGUACGGCCGCUGCGUCUAGGGAUCCCGGCUUCAACGACCUCUUGCACAAGGUCAGCACCCUGGAGCGGGAGCUGGCCGACGGACGUGGUGACCCCGUCAUCCAAAUCAGAACAAAAACUCCCUUCACCACAAGGGUGCUCUUGGCCCCAAUACCCAAGAAGUACCGUGGGAGUGCCAUCAAGCCCUAUGACGGCCGCACCGACCCCCAUUAGCAUUUGCUCCGCUAUCAGAACAACAUGCCGAUGGUGAACGUGUCUCAUGAAUACCUAUGCCGUUGGUUCCUCUCCACACUUUAGGGACCAACGUACGAGUGGUUCAACGCGCUGCCCGAAGGAAGCUUGGACUCAUGGCAGGAUCUUGCUCAACGCUUCCUCACCUACUUCGCCAAAAGAAAGCGCAUGAAGAAACAUUUCUCCCAUCUCCUCUCUGUCAAACAGCAACACGAUGAAUCACUCCAGUCUUUCAUCGACCGAUGGGCGAAGGACAGACGAGGUCGAAGGUGCCGAUGAGCGCAUCCUCCUCGACCUCUUCCAGGGCGUUCUCCACAGCAGCCCCUACGCACGGAGCCUCAUCACCGACCCACCAAGGUCAUACACCAAGGCACUCCAGCGAGGGAGCCUGUAUGCUGACGCCGACGAGCUCCACUCCCACAAGAAGGAUGGAGGCCAGCAGUCAAAGAAGAUAAACAAUGCGCCGGCUUCAAGCGCACCCUUGGUCGGGGGCUGAGAUCAUGGAGGCUAGGCCCGCCAAGGCCGGACGGAGCGCCUAUGGCGGCCGAGGUUGGACAUGCCAAGGACUCCCCUCACACACUCGGUGAGCACCAUCCUUGACUAUGCAGAGGAACAUGAUCUCCUUCCUAGGGAUCCUCGGUCGGUGAAAGAAAUCUACACCAUCCACCAGAGCGGCACUUAUUGUCGUUACCACAAGAACACCUCCCACGACACAGACGAUUGCGUCGCGUCAAAGAAAGCCAUUGAUCACUUGAUUGAACGGGGUGAAUUUCACCAAUUUGUUAAAGGUGCCCCAAGGAAAACACUUGGGUGAACACUGACAAUCAGGAAGGGGACACCUCGACAAAGAAGUUUGAAAUUUGGAGGCUCAGGGAUGACGAGGACUUCGAGGAGCCCUAGCUGAAGAAGCGCCACAUCCACUGACUAUGUCCUUCGCCGAAGGGAAGCCAGCAAGUCGACGGGUGACAGAGCCUACAUGGUGAAGUUCUGCCAGCAAGCCGACGGACGGCUUAGCCCUCAAGAUACGAAGGGCCCUACAUCUGGGUGAAGUUCUAUCAGCGAUCUGAAGAGGGUACAGACGGGCAGAUUCCCCACCCCAAGGUCAGAAGCUUGCUGAGAAGCUAACUCCUAAAUGGGUUGUUGAGAAGAUUACGACCCUCGGCCUCGAGCCAUUGAUCUUAGCGGGGGAGCAUCGGAUGGGUUCGGGUAGGACGGGUUGGGAUUUGGCAUACCCAUUCGGUUAUCGGAUCUACAAUUUGAAACCCUACUCUAUCAAAAAAGGGUUUCAGGCUAAUCGGGUUGCACAAUUUCGGAUUCCGGUCAGGUUCAAUCGGUUUUUCAGGUCCAUUCGGGUUGAUUAAAAACCAUUAAAACUAAUAGAAUAAUACACAUUUUAACAUGCAUAAAUCUAUAAUGUCAUAAGAAGUAGCAAAAUAGUAGAGUUUGUACAACUCCAAAGUUGCAAAAUAGUAUAGUUUGUACAUUAAUACUCUUUUACAUAAUGCAGUUUGAGAAUUGACAGUUUGAGUAAUCCAAAGUUCCAAAAUAGUAAAUACCAACAAAAAGUUUAACAACAUUCAACAUUUUAACAAGUCUUCACAUCUUCAAAUCUUCACAUCUACUUGACUACUUUACUGUUUCCAUGUUUGAGCAAUUGAGCAGAGCAUCCGCCAAUUAGUCAUUGAAUUUGCUCCUAUGUACACCACAAGUAAAUAAAUUAGUAUCAUAAAACACUAAACUACUGAGAACUAUAAAAAAUUCAAAAGUAUAUACAAAUUUAAAAAUUCAGAAGUAAUUUGAUCUUAAUACAAGUCGUUGCCAUGAACAACGCACCUAUUGUGUUCCGCUUAUUUCUUGUAAAUUUAAGUAAAGGAUGCCACAUAACAAAGAACAUUGUUUCGGCCCCUUAGAGCGUAACGCUCAGGUAUGGCCGACGAUGUCCCACGAUGAGGGAAUUGCGAAAUGGCCCGCGUCUUGAAACGGGAAGCUCACCGCGUUGUCCUCGCGCUAAAUCGCACGGCGACAAGCCUGAAAGAAUGGCCGAGAUGACAAAAUCCCCACAUUUGGGGUUGGAAAAAGGAAGCCAUCGGUAACCGACCAAAAGCCUAGCCCGCUCCGUAAAUAGACGACGGGAUGCCUCGAGAUUUAGGGACGAUCCACCGCCAGAGGAUAACAACUGCCCCCGUGGACUCCCUACCGGCCGAGGGAAUAGCAACCCCCUCGGCCGAGCCUGAAAGAAAAAUACCCACUCCUCGCUCAAAGAAGUAAAGAGGAAGAAAUAAAAGAGAGAAAGCCGAAGAACCGUGCACUCGCCAUCCUCGAACGAAAUCCCCACAGAUAAACGAGGGACAGCCGAAGGAUCGUGCACUCACCGGCCUCGAGCAAUAAAAAUAAAAUCCCCAUAAAUCAAGCCACAUAUUUGGAUAAGUACAUAUCAGGCAAAUACUAUGCAUUAUGGACGAAGCAAGACCUUACAUGCGGAUCAGACGGACGCCAAUGCCUUGUCCUUCAUCAAAGGACGAGCGUCACCGACGUCGUCCUUCAUCUUCAAACAAGGGUCAAAACCUGGUCCUCAAUAUGACGUACGGCGUCAUCAACGCCAUCAUCAUCAAAGGACGAGCGUCCCCAGCGCCGUCCUCCAUCUUCAAACCAGGGUCAGAACCUGGUCCUCAAUAUGACGUACGACUUCAUCAAUGCUAGCGUCAUCAAGGGACGUGUGUCCAGCGCCGCCCUUCACCUUCAAACCAGGGGCAAAACCUGGUCCUCAAUAUGACGUACGUCAUCAUCAACGCCAUCGUCAUCAAAGGACGAGCGUCCCCAGCGCCGUCCUCCAUCUUCAAACCAGGGUCAAAGCCUAGUCCUUCAUAUGAAGUACGACUUCAUCAACGCCAACGUCAUCAAGGGAUGUGCGUCCAGCGCCGUCCUCCAUCUUCAAACCAAGGUCAAAGCCUGGUCCUUCAUAUGACGUACGACUUCAUCAGCGCCAUCGUCAUCAAGGGACGUGCGUCCAACGCCGCCUGAUGCACACUAAUUAGUAGUGCAUAAUUAUAUGUUUUUAUGUUUCAUUGAUGGUGAUCGUUUGACGUUUUAUUUAGUUUGUAAACAUUUGUGUGAUUUUAGUUGUAAUUGUAUUUUAGUUCUCAUUUGUAAGUUGUAAAGUAGAAUUAGGAAUUAGGAUGUUGGAAAGGAGGACGUUGAAGUGAAGAAAAAGGAAUUUUGACUGUCCAGGAGCAAAUACCCGACCGGGUAGGAAACUUCACCCGGUCAGGUCUGAUUUGAAAACCGAACCGCUGAGGAAAGAGCUGGACCCGGUCGGGUCCCAUAUCUCACCCGGUCGGGUGAGAAGUGACCGGGGACAACCCGGUGUGCGAAGAUCACCAGAACGUGGUGAAAUAUCUGAUUUUGACCGGACCCGGUCGGGUAAGCACUUGACCCGGUCGGGUACCCGGCCAAAGUUGUUGAAAACACCUAUAAAUAACACUCUUUUUUUCUCUAAAAUCAUCCCUUCUUCUAUACUCCUAAGCUCCGUUUAGAAUAGCAUUUCUUAUAUUUUUAUAUCAUGUUUAGUCUCCAAAUGAGGAGCUAAACUUCCAUUCUUGGUGUUGCUCUUGAAGCUUGUUGAUUAUUAAAGUUGUGAGUUAUUUUCUUAACUUCUUUCCUUGAAUAUUAAUUAAUAGUUUCUUUCCUUAAUACCAUCUCUAUAUUAAUGUUGGGGAGUGUUGCUAAGUUGACAAUUAGUUAACAUCUCGACAUUAGUUAGAAUGGUAUUUUCUUCCUCUAUAUUAAUGUUGGGGAAUGUUGCUAAGAUGACAAUUAGUUAACAUCUUGAUAUUAAUUAUAGUAGGAUUCAUCUUCAUUAAUAAUAUUCUUCCUUGAAUAUUAAUUAAUUCCUACUCAUAUUUCAUAUUAAUAUUUUGAACAUUACUUAAAGGAUCAACUAGUUUUGUUUCAUAUAUUAAUUAUUACUAGAAACGAUCAACGAACCGAUGGUUAAUCGUUGAUGGUUUCACAAGUAAGUAACUUCGGUUUAUUAAUGCACGGUCGUGGUUAAUAAACUUAAGAGGGAUUAAUUUUGUUGGUUAAACCGAAACCGUUGUGUUGAGGUUAUCAAUCUCAAUUGAUUUGAUCAUGGAGUUAGAAAGAUUAAAUGCUACUAUUAAAUCGGUAUAAGGCGUUGUUCUAUAUUUGAUUAAUAGUAAGGGUUAUUAAUGAACGGUCGUUGUUAAUAACUACCCUCGAUGAAGUGGAUAUACUCCCCGAUUGAGUAUUCGAGAGGGAAUAAGUUAUAGAUAUAACAAUGAUCGACUAAAAUAUAUCAACAAGUGGAAAGUAGCAAUGCCAAGUCCUUUUUAUCUUUGAAUUAAACACAUAUAGGUUGUUCAUCUUAGUUCUUAAUUAAAUUAAAUCACUCAAUCCAAAUCCCCCCUUUAUUUACUAAGUUUCAUAAAAAGAGAAUUAUUCCUUUCCCUGUGGAUACGAACUCUACUACGCUAUACUACGUAUAAGUGUUAGUAUUGAAAAUUAUUUUGACGCACCGUGACAAAGUGCUCGUAAAAUUUGGCGCCGUUGCCGGGGAAAGGUAAUUAAUUUUUCUUUUUAUUCUAUUUCAAGAAAAAUCAAAAAAAAAAUUAAAUAAAUAAAAUAUAAAGAGUUCUUAGAUUUCUAUUCUUCUGAGCUUUAUUUGAGUAUAUGGUUAAACACCGAUCUAUAAAUCAAAUCAGCUACCAAACAAAGCCCGAAACAGAACAAGCCUUCGAGAGGUUUAGGAAUUUAUUUCCGAAUACUUCUUCGGAGAAAUCAUCAAGUGCUAGUUCUCAUUCUAGCGACACCGAAGAGCCAAUCAAUAUGGCUCUUGAAACAAGAACGUUGUGGGAGCUCACGGCUCCAAAUCUAAAUCAACAACCCUUAUGUAUCACUUUUCCAACUCUUGAUACGGGGGUCGCAUUCGAGCUAAAAUCUGGGCUCAUUCAUCUACUUCCCUCUUUGACUCUUUCCAUGGCCUACGAGGGGAAGAUCCGAACAAACACUUGUCAGAGUUCCAUAUUGUGUGCACGAGCAUGUGCCCCAAUGGCGUGUCCGAGGAGAAAAUCAAGCUGAGAGCCUUCCCAUUCCCCCUCAAAGACACCGCCAAAGAUUGGCUAUUCUAUCUUCCCUCGGGGAGCAUCAAUACAUGGGCUCAAAUGAAAAAGCGCUUCCUUGACAGGUACUAUCCCGCAUAUAUCUCUUCAAGUCUCAAGAAGCAAAUCAGCAACAUUGAGCAAGAAGAUAAUGAGACCUUGUAUGAAUAUUGGGAGCGCUUAAAAAAAUUAUGUGCUAGUUGCCCAUAUCAUGGGUAUUCGGAACAAGAUCUCAUCCUCUACUUCUAUGAUGGACUUGUUGAUCAAGAUAGACGCAUGGUGAAUGCGGCAUGCGGAGGGGGUAUUGUUAACAAAACCCCUUCUCAAGCAAGAGACCUCAUUUCGGAGUUGGCCGAAAAUUCGAGACAUUACAACGGAAGGUCAUCAUCGAAACGAGUCAUGGCAGCGGAAUCCAACAAUUCGUUAGAAAGUCAAGUGGCCGGCUUGACUUCUUUGGUUAAAGAUUUUCUCUUAAAUACGAAAACCCAAGAAGCCAAGGUCUGCGGCAUAUGUUCAACACAUGGGCAUCCCACUGAUUCCUGCCCAACGCUACAAGAAGAGAACUCCGAGCAAGUCAAUGCUUUGGGGUUCCAAGGUCAAAGGAGGUACGAUCCUCAAGGCAAUACUUACAAACCAGGAUGGAGGGAUCAUCCGAAUUUAAGGUACGGAAAUUCUCAAACAAAUCCUCCUCCUCAACAAUAUAAACAACAAGGUCAACCAUCGAACUCGAGUAUGUCCACCGAAGACAUGAUUCGAGCACUGGCCGUUAAUAUGGGAACAAUGCAGCAAAGCAUAGGGCAAUUCCAACAAACCAUGAUGCAAUUCCAACAUGAAACCAAGUCGAGCAUUCAAAAUUUGGAAACUCAAGUUAGCCAAAUUUCGAGUGUCGUAAGUCGACUCGAGGCAAAAGAUUCGGGUAGGCUCCCCUCCCAAACUGAGCAAAACCCAAGACAACAUGUCAAUGCAAUCAUGUUGAGGAGCGGUGAAGAAUUGCUAGCACGGGAAGAUAAGGAGGAGAAGCAAGAGGUUGAUCUUGGAGAAGGUUUUCAAACGGAAGAGGGGGAGCCAACGAAAACUAAAUUCCCUCCACUAUCAUCAUAUUAACCACUCCCUCCAUUCCCUGAGGCAUUGAAAGACACGAGGAAGCUGAAGAAUGAUAGGGACAUCUACGAAACCUUUGUCGAUUCUGAGGUAAACAUCCCACUCUUCAAACUGAUCAAAAGUGUUCCCCGUUAUGCAAAGUUCUUAAAGGAACUAUGCACAAUGAAAAAGAAAAAUAAACUGGAAGGGAAACAAAAGGUUGAGGUUAGUGAACGUGUCUCGGCCAUUUUUAAAAAGAAACUCCCUGAGAAAUGUAGCGAUCCAGGCAUGUUCACUAUUCCUUGCAAAAUAGGGGAUACCUUAUUUUCUAAGGCCUUGUUGGAUUUAGGAGCAUCAAUAAAUGUCAUUCCUUAUUCCUUAUAUAAAUCCUUACAACUCGACCCACUACAUCAAACUGGUGUAGUGAUUCAACUAGCGGAUCAGUCUAAUACUUACCCGAAGGGUGUAGUAGAAGAUGUGCUAGUAGAAGUAGAAAAUUUGAUUUUCCCUGUUGAUUUUUAUGUUCUGGAAAUGCGAGAUGAUAACCAAACUACACCCAUCCUCUUGGGUAGACCUUUUCUAAAAACCGCAAAAACAAAAAUAGACGUGUCUAAUGGUUCGUUAACUUUAGAGUUUGAUGAUCAAAAGGUAGAAUUCAACAUUUUUGAUUCUACGAAAAAACAAAUUAAAGACCAAUCUCUUUGUUCUCUAAAUGUUUGUGAACCACAAACCCCGAAUAUUUUUGUUGAGAAAAAAAAAGAGAAAAUCACACUUUUUGAAAAAGAAGAAUUGUUCAAAUUUUCAAAAGGAGAAUGGAUCCCACCUGGGGUUGAAGUGAUAACAGAGAAGAAAUCCCGGCCUUACUGGAGAAGGCCGAAAAAGAAAAAUGAAACAAGGGAUGUUCACGAUCCCACAUAAAAGAAAAUAAAAAUAACGUCGUGCCGCGACAUUAAAUCAAGCGCUUCUUGGGAGGCAACCCAAUUUCUUCAUUUUUAUUUUCAAUUUUUUUCAGUCGUGUGUGUGAUUAAAUAAAAAAAAAAAUGGACUGGGAUUGGACCCGGUCGGGUAUAAAACCCAACCCGGUCGGGUUACCUCUAAAACAAAGCACCCGGCCAACCGCCCGGGCGAGGCAAGAGCGGAACAAGAAUAAAUCAAAUGCCCGACCGGGUAGACCCCUAUACCCGGCCGGGGAACCCAACAAAAACUUUCUGCCUCGGGUGAACAGUUUACACCCGACCGGGUCAGUCACUAUACCCGGCCGGGCAACACAUCAAAAAACCUUCUGCCUCGGGUGAACAGCGUACGCCCGACCGGGUAAAAUACCCCACCUGACCAGGCGAACGGGAAACAGACCUAUACCAGGUCGGGCUCACCUCUUCCCCUCCCACUUCAUCUUCCUCCCUACGCCUAUACCCCCAAAAUCCACCAUUUUCAACUACCCAAACCUUCAAAUCUUCAUCUUCCCUUAACCAAAUCCACUAAAACCCCCAUUUUCUUCAUCUCCUCACUUCCUUAUUCAUUUCUAUACCCAUAAAAUCCCCCAAAACCUUCCAAAUCAACCAAACCCAAAAACCCUACCCAACAAUUCGAAAAUCUCCAUUCUUGGACAUUCAAGGUCCGAAAUCUUCCCAAAAAUUCUCAACCAAUACCAUAUUCUUGCUCUUCUCACCAUCCUCUUCAACACCAUACCCGUAAAAGCCAUCCAAACCUCACCCUACCCAAAAGUCCGAAAAUCCUUUAAAAAAAUCCAUUCACAUGGCUCCAAAAAAAUCCAAAGCUUCUUCUUCAAGGGCUAUCCCACCGGUAGCGGGCUAUGAAAGCGUGGAAUUUGCAACGGAGACACAUAAGCAACUCUUUAAGGAACAAGCACAAAGGGAGGUAAAACAAUCCCGGUUCAUGUGCAUUACUACUCUAGCACUCCUUUGGAUUGAUAUGAUCAUGCGUGAUAUAUUUGCAAGGAUUGGAAUGACUAGGUUGCUAGAAAUGCAAUAUGUGACUUAUCCUCAUUUGGUUUAUGAAUUCUUUAGUUCAUAUGUGUAUACAAAGGAUGAUGAUGAUCAUGCAAAUGACACCAUCACCUUUUGUUUACUCAAUGAAAAUCGUUCAUAGACCAAAAGAGAAUUUGCACAUCAUUUUGGCCUCCCUCUGUUUGAUGAAGCUCGUGCUUAUGAUACUCUUGUGGGGUAUGAGUUAUGCAAAAGAAUGACAAGACAAGGUGUGGUGGACCUUUCUAAGCUGAGUGUGAACUGUGUUCAACAUCCGGUCUUCCGAAUUUUCUUAAAAUUCUGUUCAAAUUGUUUCCUCGGAAGACCGAAUAAUCAUCACACAAGAAUGUGGGAUGUGUGUGUUCUGGCACAAGCUGUUUUACCUGGACCAGAACCAGUUGACGUUGCCUCUAUCUUAUGGACUCAUUUCAAAAAUGUGGCAACGUCAUCCAGACAAAUUGUGAUAGGGGGCCUGCCUAAUCACACAUCUAGCCACUUUAUAUGGUUUUGUAGACCCAGCCCCAUUACUCCGAAAUAGCUCAUUUGCACGUCAUGGCUUGUACAAAAGACCAAAGAUUUGGCUCUAUCUCACAUGACACCUAAUGGGAAACCAAUCUACAACUGGCUUAUCAUCCCACGUCAAAACAUAUCUAUCCAUAUCCCAUCCCCUGACGUCCCUCUAGAUAUCGUGGGCCAUGAAAUCGGUGAUGGUCAUCACUACUGUCUCCCCGGGGCAAUCCCGAUGCACUAUGCACAAGAUGAACCCGAUCAAGAACAUGCUGAAGAAAACCCGCCCUUCAUACCUAACCCACCACAACAACAACCUGAUGCUCCAGUCUACCAAUACUCACCAUUCGAGCAACAGAUGCUCAAUAACAUGAACAUGAUCAACAACAACUAAAUCCUGCUUCAAGAGCGAGUUGAUCAGUAUAGAACUGAGUAGAGGCAUAGCUUUGAGAGGAUGGAGGAACAACGACAGGAAGACUGGCGGAGAUAUGAAGAGGACCAACGACGAACCUUUGGUCCGAUAUACUCCUAUGUAGCACACCAGGGCUCCUUUUCCUCUAUGAUCACUCCCCCUCUCGCACCAUCAUGGUAUGACCCCUCUCAGUGGGGUUACUUUGGAGGAUCGAGUUCCGGUGGUGGAGGCGAUGAUGGUGGUUAUGGCGGGGAUCACAUGGAUGAGGACAGACACCAAGGCGGAGGUCUAGGCGGGCACUAGGGAGAGUGCCAGAUACUAAGUGUGGGGGUGCAGAGAUUGUUCUGGAUCCUGAAGGUGAUAAGCUUAAAAGAAAAAUGGAGAUAAAGAUGAAGUUGAAGACCCCGUUUUACUUUAAUUACUGUUGGGGAUGCUUUAUAUUGUGGUAGAAACACUCUUGGAUGUUUUGAGUUGAUAUUCUUGUCAUUUUUAAAAGGACUUCUUGGAUUGGAUUUGAUUUACUCGAGACGAGUAAAGGUUUAAGUGUGGGGGUGUUUGAUGCACACUAAUUAGUAGUGCAUAAUUAUAUGUUUUUAUGUUUCAUUGAUGGUGAUUGUUUGACGUUUUA